UGACAUAAGGUAACAUCCGGUUUUGCUUCCAGAGUGUGACACAUGUACCUGGUGACUGUUGUAAAGUCAAAAGCAGUAUGAUAACUAGGUGUGAUGGAGUCCUUGGCAGAUAUCAGUGGUGGCGGACUCUACAAUUUAUCUUCACCAACAAAUCAUCAUAAAUCUGUCAAGUACACUAAACUUCUGUCACACAAUGAGGAUGGAGAAGAUGAUGAAUUAUUUGAGGAAAGAUUAGAACAAGUGGCCUUGAUUGAUGAUAGUUCUGGUGAUGAUUUAUAUGGCUCAGCAAACGCUGAAGGGGGAGAAGUUUUUACAGUGGAAGAUGCUGUGGAAGCCAUUGGUUUUGGGUUUUUCCAAAUCCGUCUAUACAUCAUAUGUGGUCUGUUUACAGCAGCAGAUGCACUGGAGAUGAUGUUGCUGGCAGUACUUUCUCCUGCCCUGCGUUGUGAAUGGCAGCUUGAUCAUUUCCAUGUAGCCUUUUUAACUACAGUUGUUUUUAUUGGGAUGUGUAUAAUGGCUCCAUUCUGGGGAUUUUUAGGGGAUAAAUAUGGAAGACAAACUACACUGUACAUGGUGACAAUGUGGAUUGGUUAUUUUGGAUUUUUAACUACAUUUAGUCCAUCCUUUAUAUGGGUACUCAUUUUACGGGGUCUUGUUGGAGCUGGACUCGCAGGAUCACCCCAAAGCUUUGCAUUAUUAGCUGAGUUUUUACCAUCAAAGUCAAGAGCAAAGAUGUUGCAGAUUGGUGGGGUUGCAUGGGCAAUGGGCACUGUCUUUGAAAUUUCCAUAGCUUCCAUAGUCAUUCCAGCGCUGGGGUGGAGGUGGCUUUUAGCCCUGUCAGCACUUCCUUCUUUUCUCAUAUGCAUCUUACUCAAGUUACUUCCAGAAUCGGCCAGGUACCUAGUUGCUGCGGGUGAGAAAGAGAAGGCACUUUGUAUUCUUCAGAAAGCCGCAAAGUUAAACAAGUCAAAGCUUCCUAGUGGAAGACUCACAGUAUCACAUGUUGGAACAAGGGGAAAUUUCUUUGAUCUCAUGUCACCAGAAUAUCGUCGGACUACGUUACAAAUGUGGUUGAUGUGGUUUGUUACUGCCUUCUCCUACUACGGAAUGGUGCUAGCUAGUGCUGAAAUUCUUCAAGUCCAUAACACAAAGGGAGAAACAAAGGAUGCAGAGAACUGUAAAUGUAACCUUCUGAAAUCAGAUGACUACAUCACCAUGCUUUUAUCAACAUUUGGAGAAUUUAUAGCACUUCCAUUGAAUCUGUCACUUAUAGACAGAAUUGGCAGGCGAUACACAGGGGCUGUAAACAGUUUUGGAAUGGCCCUUUUUUUCAUCCUUCUACAGAUAAACAUGCCGAAAAGUUUACUAACAGUCAUUAUGUUUAUGGUGCGAGGAUUCUCUCAAGGAUUAUUUAAUUUUGUGUAUAUUUAUACAGCAGAGGUAUACCCUACAACAAUAAGAACAUUAGGAAUAGGAACAGCUUCCGCUUGGGCUCGGGUAGGAGCCAUGUUGACACCAUUCAUUGCUCAAGUUUUAUUAGACAAGUCCUUGUCAUCUGCUGUGUGGGUAUAUGGCUCUCUAGGAACGUUAGCUGCUCUCUGUGCAGUUCUUUUACCAAUUGAAACAAAAGGAAGAGUUUUACCGCAAUCCAUUUAACCAUUGGAUAUAGAAGGCAGCAUCAGAAACGCUGUGUGGGCAUUGGAUAUUUUAUUCUCAUUGGAGGUUGAUAAAUCAGACCAUUUUAGACUUUUACAGAUUGAUUAUUUAUACAUUUAUAUGUAAAUCAUAUAUAGAUUAUUUAUAUGCAUCUUUUAAACCUGAUCUAUUUUCAAGAGGGAAAGUGCUUUUAUAAGGAAAAAAAAGUAUGCUUAUUAAACCUAUGCCAGUAUGUUUGGCCAAUUUGAUGCUAUGCAAUACAAAUGUAUUAAUUGUGCAAAUUUUAAAUAAAUUUUUAACAAAUUAA